GCUUACUCGUUCAUUCUUACAUUUGUAGCCAUACCGGUAUGUCGUCAUAAUUUGCAAAAUUACCGUUCAAAAACUUACGUAGACAGGCACAGCCUUGUCGGUCAAAUUGACUCCCAAAUAUUUGACGUACCUUAAGUGCCAAUAAUGUCGUGAUUUCCAACCGCAUCACCUUUCAAUUAUUAAUCACGACAAAUUAACUUUUAUUCUUUUUAGGAUGGAAUGUGCUCAUUGUAAAAUACUAAUUCUACCAAAGCUCCACUUUUACCAAUGCAAAAAUUGCUCGCGAUACUACCACCGUAGCGGAUGUGUCCAGCCAGUGUUCCAUGCAAAUUUUUGUCAACUUAAGAGAACAGGAUGGAUAUGCAACACAUGUCAAUACAGAGAUUUGAAGGACAUCAAUCACUCCCCCUUUUUGACCAGCACACAAGUAAAUCAAGACAACAUAGCUCAAGCAACGCCAGACAACGCCAACAUUGUCACACCGAUCACAACUUCAAAAAAUUUUCGCAUACGUCAUUUAGACUUGUAUCGUUACAUGGGAUGCGUCCAUUGCACCAAAAGCAUGAGAAUCGCAACUAGCGAAGGGAAGUUUAUCUGCACUACAUGUAAGAGAGAAACGGGUCGAAAAAUUUGCUUCGUGGCGCGGCAAAUAGUUUUGCAACAUGUAUCGAGUGAAUGUGAAGACAUUACGGUUGUGGCGUACAAUAAUGAGAUUGUGAAGCUACUUGGGGGGCAUGAAGCGUGUUCCUUUCAAAGCGAUGAGGAUGCCCGAGUUGAAGCAGCAAAAAGACUGAUCGGAGCCAUUAUCAGCUUGAAAUUAGAAAACUAUAAUUUAUCACCUGAAAAGUGCAAAAUUCGUGGAGCACGAGAGGAACUAGUGGCGAGAAACAUUAAAGUCAUUUGCUAUCCGAAUGACGAGGAUAAAAACUAUCUUAUUGAAUCACCAAUCAGUUUGUCCGAGAGUUUUAAAGAGUUGCACGUAAAUAAUGGAGGAUGUCCACGUAGGGUCACGGAAAACGAAGAAUCCAAUCUAAUAAAUGAGAACCGCCCAAAGAAACUUGCAGUUCGUUCUGCCGAUAGGAAACAUAAUGCUUUGGAAACACUAAAUCUAUCAGGAACCAUGUCUAUAACGGCUCUGGAAGACAAAUACACGACUAUACUGCCUGGACUCGCGUUGGUCAUUAACAACCAGAAUUACCCUCGUCGGCCUCUUCGACAGCAAAAAAGAGUAGGAUCAGAGAAAGAUGUAGAAUCUGUGCUAAGUUUGUUAAAAUUUUUAAAGUUUAAGCUAUUUAGACCCACAAUAGCUAAUCGGACUGUUUCCGGCGUUGUAAUCGACCCAUCCCUCGAGGAAAUCAGAAAAGUCAUUCUACAGUUUAAAGCAGCUCUUGAUCAAAACAAUGCGUCAUCAUGCAUGGUCAUUUUUAUGGGUCACGGAGCUUGUGGAAGUCUCACACUUACGAAUGAGAACUCAAUCUCAUUAUGGACAGAUUUAGUUUACCAGUUCUCAGACAAAAAUUUUACGAGGUUUUCUGGAAAGCCAAAAAUAUUUUUUGUGGAAGCAUGUCAAAGUUUUCAAGGAAGCCAGGAACGUUCGGAUGAAGCGCACUCCCGAAGCCUGUCAAGGGACACAAUCUCAGACACGCUGGUUGUGGUCUCGUCAGUACCAGGGAAAUAUUCCUUCUUGUAUCCCACGUUGGGGUCCAUUUUUAUCCGAAGCCUGUGCUCCUCUAUGAGACGCUGGGUAAACACAGAGCACCUCCUCGAUAUCAUUAAAGCUGUGCAAAGACUUAUGGCGAUGGAAGUCAUUCACGCACAAAACGAACGAGGUCAAGACCCAUAUACACAAAUGCUGGAUUACAAGGAUUUGAUGUUCAAAAGAUUUUAUUUUAAUAUCUAGUUCAAAGACAAAGUUCGAAAACAAAGUGUUUAGGUCAUGUAGAUAGAUAGUAAUUAUCGGUAUUAUUUCAUUAUUAUUGAACAAAUGUGUACUCAACUCACUGUAUUUUAUUGUUACUAUAAUAUAAUAAUACCAUUCAUGCAUUCAUUUGGACUGAA